AUGGCUCCAAUCACUACUUCUGUCCAUCAUCACAGAAGUACCACAAAAGUUGACCAUAAGCCCUUCAAGUCACGGUUUGCCUCCAAAAGUGCACUGAAGGAUAAAGCCAAAGGGAAAAUUGAGACUCGGAGGAUAGAAAAGGGUCAAAGGAAAACUCCCCACCAACAAGUCAUGUCGAAACUUGUGAGACGCAAUCAAGCAAAGCAACUCCGGCUACAUCACAAGGACAAACGCGAAGGGGAUGAAAAUAUCUUUCAGGGAAUAGAUGGGGCUGCAAAACACAUCGCAAUCGUGCCGCUGUCGAGAGGUAUCGAUCCGUACUCUGCCAUCAGAAUUCUGAAUAAAAGUGUUGACAUUCCCGAUCGCGAAAUACCUAGCGGAACAGUGCCGGUUCGAGUCGAUAGAUUUCGCCGCAAUCUACUCUACCUUCCAGCGCGCUUCGAUCUCCUCAAUGCGCUCGACGUUUGCAAAUUGGCUGAUUGGGUGACUUUUGUUCUUGAUGCAGAGCAAUCCAUCGGUGAAGAGGAGGAUUCGUUCUUGAAGGCCCUCGAAGGCCAGGGAAUCACAAAUGUCUCUGCGGUUGUCAAAGACAUUGAAGCUAAGAUUCCACCUGCCAAGAGGUCACGCCAUCUGACGGAUCUGAAAAUCAUCCUGGGCCAUUAUUUUCCUGGCCUUGAUAAAUUAUCGAGUCUUGACAGCAAAUCCGAUUGCUCUAACUUGGUCAGAAGUAUCUGCACAGCAUCAACGAGAGGAAUACGGUGGCGAGACGAUAGAAGUUGGAUGUUGAUUGAAAAUCUCCACUGGAGUCCCACGGUCGACGGUGCUUCCACAACCGCCGUCACACUUUCUGGGACUGUCCGUGGGAAGGCGUUGAAUCCUGAUCGACUGGUCCAUGUGCCAGGUUGGGGAGAUUUCCAAGUUAACACAAUCAGACAACUUCCAAGCCAGGCACAUAAAAGAAAAGCACAUGAAAUGGACGCCGACGAGCCUGUGAAGGAAUGGCGACCUACCACUGAUCAAGACGACCUGGCAGAGCUGGCACCUGAACCAGCCGACAUGCAGGAUAUUGCCAAUAUAGCGGCCACAACAGAGCAUAAAGGCGUUUUACUUGAUGACCAUCACUACUUUUCUGACGACAAUUCUCAUAUUCCUCCACCACCCAAAAGGCUUCCCAAAGGAACCUCCAACUACCAGGCUGCAUGGUUUCUUGAUGAUGUAUCUGAUUCCGAUUCCGAUAUUCUCGACGAAGAGAGCGACAGCGCUGUUGCCAUGGACACAGGAGACGAUCUGAGACCGGAAGAUGGUGCCCUUCCAAAUGGAAUAGACACCAUGACCGAAGCAGGACCUUCAGAAUAUCCUGCAUCCGAAAUGCACGUCGACGCCGAUGAAGAGGAGGAAACACGACAACUAGAAGAAUUCCGAGCCAGUAGAAAAAAAGAAGCAGAGGAAGACCUCGAGUUUCCGGAUGAGAUUGAACUUCACCCAAACGUCCUCGCUCGAGAAAGAUUAGCUAAAUACCGUGGUCUGAAAAGCUUGCGGACCAGUGAGUGGAACCACGCCGAAGAUGCUCCUUACCAACCGGUGGAGUACAAGCGUCUCCUCCAAAUAGCAGACUACAAGAAAUCCUAUAGCGCAGCACUCAAAGAGGCUCUGGCCGGCGAGGUCCUCGCUGGGACAAAAGCCGAAAUUGAACUGCGGGAUGUCCCUAUCUCCCUCGUCAAAACACCGGCUCCGGCGUCCAUGUUCUCUCUGCUCCGGCACGAGCAUAAACAUGCCGUCAUCAACCUCAACCUCUCAUUACACUCUAACUUGGACGCCCCGAUAAAGUCCAAAGACGAACUGAUCGUCCAAAUCGGCCACCGCCGACUCAUCAUCAACCCUAUCUUCUCAGCCUCAGGCGUAACACCCAACGACGUCCAUAAGUUUGACCGAUUCCUUCAUCCCGGACGAACUGCCAUCGCCACAUUCACUGGCCCAUUAACAUGGGGUUCUGUCCCCGUAUUAGUCUUCCGCCGCGAAGGAGAUCGUGACUCCGACACCGCUGCUCCGACCCUCAGCGACUCCAGCGCCAACACCAGAAUACCGCCUUCCCUGUCGUCGCCUCGCCUACGUUUAAUCGGCACCGCAACCACCCUCCCACCGUCAAGCUCGCGAGUUAUCGCCAAACGCAUAAUUCUCACCGGACAUCCGUUCAAAAUCCACAAAAAACUCGUCACAGUCCGAUACAUGUUCUUCGACAGGGCGGACGUCUUAUGGUUCGCGGCGUUGCCGUUAUGGACGAAGCGUGGACGUCAGGGUUUCAUCAGGGAACCGCUAGGGACGCACGGGUAUUUUAAGGCCACGUUUGACGGGAAAAUCAAUACGAUGGACGCGGUAGGGGUCAGUUUGUAUAAACGUGUCUGGCCGAGGACAGCGAGGGUGUGGGAAGCGUAA